GUAGCUAAUAUUAGUAACCCUCGCUGUGUGUACUGGAAUUUCACUACAGCAGGUGGCAGGGGUAAUUGGUCUACUGAUGGUUGCAAUACAACAUUUAAUACUACUGAUGAUGAUCUUAGUUUCAUAGCCUGCCAUUGUGAUCAUUUGACUAAUUUUGCUUGUCUUGUGGAUGUAUCUGCUAGAGUCAAUGAACCUACCCAACCUCCUCAAUAUGUCACUGUUACACUAGAAGUUGUAUCAAUUGUUGGUGUAUGUCUCUCAAUAGGUGGAUUAGUACUAACAAUUAUCACUUUAGUUAUAUUCAAGAAACUGAGGGCAAGAGAAGCUAGCAAAUUUCAUAUUCAACUUUGCCUCUCAUUAAUUUUUAUGCUAGCAGUAUUUGUGAGUGGCAUUGAUAGAGUAUCAGUGAGAGCUGGUUGUAUAACAGUUGGUGUUCUCAUUCAUUACUUUGCUCUUGUUGCUUGGAUGUGGAUGGGAGCCGAGGCUUUACUAAUGUUUCAAAAACUAGUGAUUGUAUUCACAGACAUAACAUGGAAAUAUUUAGUUGGUAUCUCAUUGAUAUGCUGGACUCUACCACUCUUGCCAGUUAUAAUCACAUUAGCAGUUGAUGUUGAUUUCUAUAUUUAUUUAUAUGAACCAGAAAACCAGUCUGGAUUCUGUUUCAUUAGUGACAUGAUCCCUUUUUUUGCUGCUUUUCUACUUCCAGUCUUCAUCAUACUUAUCUUCAACGUUAUCAUAUACGUCAUCAUUAUUCGUGUUCUUAUUCUCCACACUAUUCGUAAGAACAAGAGAAUGAGUAAGUCUUCCUUCAAAACAUCUGACGCAAUAAAAAUGAUACUAUCAUACUCUGGUAUUUUGAUACUGUUCGGCCUCACGUGGGUAUCUGCUGUCUUCACAUUCAUUUCUGAGCCUAACACUUCAUUCAUAGUUCAGUUCUUCUUUGCUUUCUUCAAUGCUUUUCAAGGUUUUUUUAUAUUCUUCUUUUUUAUCAUCCUGAGCAGUGAUUCAAGAGAUGCUUGGAGAUCGCUUCUCUGCCCUGGGACUCUUCGAGAUGAAAUGAAACCACAGACAUCCACAACUCUUAAGAGCAAAACUUUAAAUAGCAAAACCAUGUCACUGCAAAAGAAAAACGUACCAAGAAAUGCAAUUUUAAGCUUUGGAGGAAAAAAUAUGCCCAAUGAAAAACAGACAGAUUUUACUGAUAAUAUAAUAUUUGAGAAUGAGGCAAAUUUUGAAGACGAAGUAUUUUCUAUUGAUGAUGAGUUCAUGAUGUCCGAGUUUAAUAAUAUUCGUUUUGAUCGUCAACUUUCUGCUCGACGUAAGCACCUUGUGGAGAAAAUUGAGAUCGACUUUUUUGAUGUUGCUAAAGAUGAUUGA